GCUCGCGCGCGCCAGUACACGUUGUUCCGGUUUCGGGUGCGUUUGCUGUGUGUGUGUGUGUCCCUCCUGCCCGGCCAGACCGACACAAUACCACAAAACAAACAAAAUAUAUACUUACGCUUUUUUUGUACCGGCGACGGGCUGUCUCUCUGUCUCCCUCGUCCGCUCCGCCCGACACUACACCGUCGUCGUGCACACGCGCCCCACACGGUGACGACGACUAUGCGUACGCCGCACGCCGUCCCGGCGCACCCACAGCAAAAGCUCGUCCCGUCGUGACCGCACACUGUCCCGAGAGCACGCGACCGAAAGUAUAUAGCCAAGCCGUCGUCCCCGAUACAACCGCGUCCCGUCCCGUCCCCGAGGGUUGAUCGCCACCGAGCGCAGAAAACCGGGAAAUCGCCAUGCGUCCCGCCGUGGUGUCACUCGGCCGACCGCCGUCGGUCCGGUUGCCGGCCACCGUCCUGUUGCUGUUGGCCGCGGUCGCGUUCCCGAACGCCGUCCUGUCCGUCGAGUCGUCCGCCGAUCCUAAACUUCAAUACAAAGUCAAUUGUGACGAUGAUUACAUGACCGUCGAUAUUAAGAAAACCGAUGACAUUAAAAGCAUUUAUUUGAACCAAAUGAAAUUUUAUCCAGAGCUCGCUUGCCAACCGGUUUUUGAAAAAAAUCUUAUUCAAUUCAAACUGUCUCUACGAGACGUGUACAAAUGCGGACUGACAAAAGUGACCAAUCAAGGAACCGGUACAAUCACAUACUAUCAUCAAAUAGUCAUAGAGAAAGACGGUAGCAACAACUUUGAGCAUAAGUCUUUCGUAAACGUUAAGUGUUGGUUUUCCGGAAAUAAAAAUCAUACAGUGGCCAAGAGGAACGUGCUACCCGCUGGAUUCCAAGAGCCAGAGGACUUGGAGAUAACUACUUCCUUGACCGAAAAUGCGCCGGUUCCUAUGCUGAAGGUGGGCGUACGCCAGGGCGGUAGUAUCGUUAACGGUGAACUCAACGUUAACCCGGGCACUCCGUUACAAAUGGAAAUAUACCUGGACAAAGACAGUGCACCAAUUUAUGGAUUGUUGGUGAGCUACAUGCAAGUGACAGACACCAAAGCACAAGAAGAAACCAUCAUAUUCAAUGGCUGUUCGGUGGAUCCAUAUCUGUUUGAAAACUUUAAUACGGUGGACGGCGAUUUUUUGACCGCUAAAUUCAGGGCAUUCAAGUUCCCCGAGUCAACGUACGUACAGUUCAAAGGCACCGUUAACGUCUGUUUAGACAAGUGCAGAGGGGUGGAUUGUAGCAACGGUAAAGUGGGCUUCGGAAGGAAGAGGCGAGAAAUCAGUGGUAUUCCACCUGACCCAAAUAAGGUGUUUGAAGUGUCCAUGACCACUUUCAUCAAAGUGGAUUACAAGAGUGAAAUGGCCCGAGAAAAAGUGAAAUUGGAAAUCGACACGACCGCGGACGACCGGAACCAGACCAACACGAACUCGCUGGACGCGAGGCCCAAGGGCGGCGCCCGGAACGCCGACGGAACGGACCACAUGCGCGUGGACACCGAGGAAAUCCGCGAGGAGCUCAAGUACACGUUGCUGGAGACGAACGCCGCGGCCGGCCGCACCCGGGUGUCUCUGGUGGCCACGGUGGCCUUGCUGUUGGCGGCCGUCGCGCGCGCCGCGAUAACGGACGUCUGAGCCGCAAUACUAGCUCGUCCCCGCCCGUCCGCCCGCCGUCACACUGCGCAACUAACACCGCUCUAACCUUAUUAACUUUUCUUUUCAUUUUUUUUUUUUCGUGAUUUAUAUUAUAUUAUAUUUUUUAUUUUAUAUCCAUACAUACUUAAAAUUAUCAUUAUUAUUAUUAUUAUUAUUAUUAUUAUUAGGCAUAUUAUAUAAUAUUGUAUACGCAAUAACACGAGUCGUCUGCAUAUAAUUGCCGCUUUCAAAACAAUAACCGUUUGAAGCCUAUUCUAUCAAUAAGAACAAAAUGUUUGUGUGUGUGUUUUUUUUCCGCCACUCGUUAAUUUCCCGCCCGGGCUCCGGCUCGUUCGAUAUGAGCGGUCGAGAGUUUGUGUGCGGGGCUUGAGAAUCUCUUCUGCAGUUUCGAGACGAUUCGACUUAGCUAUCAAUACAAUGGAUAAUUAUAAAAUAUUCUAAAUUGUAUAUAAUAUCUCAUAGAGAUGUGACGUAGCGUGUCCGUCGUUAAUCUUUCGUUUAAACAUUAUACAUAUUACACUUCAACACCGGACUUACAAAAUUUACCAUUGAAAAUUUACCGAUACACCUCUGACAUAUUACCAUACGAUGGUAAUAUUUUACGUUUUCAAAGUACCUUCAACAAGUCGUAACACGGUGUUUUGAAAAUCUAUAAAUACUCGAAUCACUUAUAUUGAUAUAAUAACAUUAAUAAUAGAUAACAAUACAGAGUUUCAUAAUAAUUAUACAACUUAUUAGGUAGUUAUUAAUUAUUAUAAUAUAUUAUUUAACUCUACUCGUCUAAUUAGUUAUAUUAGAACGGUUAGGUUAAUGAUAAGCAAAGCUGCUUGUUUAAAUAUAAUAAUAAUAAAAUAAAAAAAAACGAUGACCAAAAAAAACAACUUACAUUUUUUGCUAAAAAUAAAAAAUGUCUCUCCCCAAAAUAAACAAAAUAUAUAAUACACUGGUUUUAUGUUCUAUAAUAUUAUAUAAAAAUUAAUUACUUAAUAAAUUUAAUUAUUUGAAAUAUAAAAAUUAUAUCAAGAAUAUAUUUUAAUGAAAUUUCAAAAAUAAAACAUAAAUAAACAAUUCCAAGUAUUUCAAUACAAAAUAAAACAAAAAGUGUAUAGAGCUCUAAUAAAAUUAUAAAAAAUGAAAAAUCCCAUUUUUUUUUCUUUUGUAUAAGAUAAAACUUACAAUUUUAUAAACUGAUCUAUAAAUUUGAAAAACUUGAAUUUUUGAAACCAUGACUAAAAAGAAGUGCAAAUUAAAUCAUAGGCUUGGUGAGACUAAUAUUAAUACAGGUUCAAAAUAUUAUUUUGAAUAGACUAUAUAUAAUAGACUAAUAAUCGGCACAAACGGUCGUUGUUUUGGAAUCCAGUUUUAAUCAUUCAAAUAAUGUUUGUUUUGCUUUAGAAUUAUUUAUGACAUGAUUUGCUCAUAAAACAAAUUGUAUUUUUAUAAACUUGUAGACGAACGUUUUUAUCAACACAUUCAUUAACUAUCGUUAAACUUUUGGUACUAUGAAUAGGUAACGUUUUAAAUUGUUUAUAAUUUAUCUUAAUAUUAGUACUGAACUAUAAUGAUUUAUUAUUUUAUUAUUAAAUUGAAGUAAUAAUAAUAUAAUAUCAUUCAUAAUACGGUGCAUAAUAUAGUUUAUAAUAUAUAUUUAAUUUGAAUAUUGGAUGUAUGAUUAUUCCCAAAAGUGUGAAUUUUAUAUAUGAUAUUUAAUUUAAUGCAAUCUGAACUAAAUGUAUUUUCAUUUUUUAAUAACUGUGAUAAUUGUAGUUGUAUUAUUAUUAAUAUUAAAACAAAAUAACUAUACAUUCUAAUUUAUAGAAAUGGAUGUCUAACGUCAAUGUAUAAUAUAAUAAUAUAGUUAUAAUAGGGUCAUGAUUUUUUUGAUUGACAAAAUCAUUCUUUUUGUAAUGUACACAAAAUAAUAUAAUACGAUUAAUUUUCUAAUCUAUAUAAUAUUAGAUUAACUAAUAAAAUAAAAUAAAAAAACACUGUUUUAUACAAAAAUUAAUACUUAUAAUUUGGUUACAAUUUAUUUAGUAAUCACCUAUAAUUGUUGACACAAUAACACUAUAAAGUAUAAGGUAAAAAAUAUGAUACUUAUUGAAUUCUCAUGUUUUAUAUUUAGUAUCAAAAAUGUAAUGAUUAAAAUAAAAUUAAAAAAACUGUUUGAUCCCUCAAAUUACAUUUAUAAUUUUAAAAAAGAAAAUAUUAAUAACAUUAUAAUUUAUGUUUCUCUCUUAGAACAGUAAAAAUAUCUUUAGGUUAUAAUAUAUUCAUUACUUCCUUCUUUUUCUGAAGACAUUUCUAAUACAGUAACCUGCUAGCAAUAUAAAAUCAAUUAUUACCUAUUUAAAAACAAUAGUAUAAUAUUUUUUUGAACUUUAUCAACAAAUAAUUUAAAAUAGUUAAUUGACGACUAAAUGGUUCAGAUUUAAAAAUUAUUAAAUAGGUAUUGCUUAAAAUCUUAAGUAUCUUAAAUUAAUAUGAACUGUACAGUGUACAAGUCACAUCAUAUUAUUUGAACAUUCAAAUGAAAGAAGUUGUAAUAUUAUCUUUUAUAAAUAUCACUAUGGCCACCAAGAAAAUGAACUCCAACACAUAAGUUUACCAAUUACAAAAAAGCAUGAAAUAGCAGCUAAAUUAUCACAAGGCGUGACAAUAGGAAGAAUAUUAGAUAAUUUCAGAGAUAACAUAGGUAUGAUGACUAGAAUUACUAUUUUUGUAGGAUAGUACACUUUCUUUCGAAUAUAUUAUGGGCUAAUACAUGUUUAUGAUUUUUUAUAAUUUGGUAUUAAUUUAAAUUUUAGCUAAUACAUUAUAAUUGGUUGGUUAAUUUAAUUUGUUAUCUGUUAAUAUAUUUCUAACAUAUCUACUAACAA